AUGGCGUCGAACAGUGAUGUUCGCGCAUCACAACUGCUGGACAUGUCAUUGGACGAUGUCGACAAGGUGCUACGCCGGGGCAAGGCCACGCAUAAGGGCGGUCGCAACAACAUGCGCUACCAGGAUAUGCAGAAUGAUUACCAGUCCGCGAGAAACACGCCACGCGACGUCAGGGGAGGAUACCGCGAUUCAACGCAGCCCUUCGGCUUUUCAAAAAACAACUACCAUGACUCGACACAAUCGUUUGGCGAUUCCAGGAACAGCUUUCCUGGACAAAUGAAUCAGUACGGUGACGCAAGGAACGAUUUACGUGGGCCUUCACAGCCCUUUGGUGACCCGAGGAACCAUUUCAAUUCACAAAUGCAGCCCUUUGGCGACGGAAGGAAUGACUUCCGUGACCACAGGGGCGGCGGCUUCUACGGGAAGCGACACUUCAAUGGGUCCGACUCACAUCGCCGGGAACGGUUUUACCCCCAAAGCUUCGGUGCUCGACCGCUUCACUCCACGCCGUAUGGACCUACGUCUAAUGAGCCACGCCCCCCCAAGUUCAUCGUCCGAGUGACCAACCUUGAUCACAGCGUCUCCCAAGAGCAACUGAUGAGGCUAUUCGCUUCCGUGGGAGAAGUGGACAAACUCUGGAUCGACUACGACCGCACCGCCAGGUCUAGAGGUACUGGAGGCUGCGUUUUCAAGUCCAUGAACGACGCCAAGUUUGCAAUUGCAAAGUACAAUGGCAUGGACCUGUCCGGGCGACCGAUGUCGGUUUACGGCGAAUACCAGGAGUUCCCACGGCAACGCCCACGACCACAGAAUGGCAAUCGCAGUAUCCACAACGUGAAGUCACCGUGGUAA